AGCACCUAUACGAGUUCAUCUUUGUGGAAAUCAUUCACUCGUCUGACGUCGUUCCCCACGGGGCUGCACUGACAGUACUGAUGUCAUUAUUUAUUGAAGAAGUUGAGGAAGAAAAAAACAAUGCAAAGAAAAACAAUCAUAAGCCAACCGCGCAUCUAUCCCGUAAGGCCUUUCGAAGGUUACCCACCGGAAAGAUAUCCAGCUAUCAACUUGAUUCCUUACGAGAAAGGGGCAGCCAUGGAACUAACACCUGUUGAGGAGGACGAUGGAAGCCUCUACUACAAUCGGAAACGUUUGCCUUUAAAGAAUAAAUAUCAACCACGCGGGCUUAAGAAGUUAGAUGUCACUGACGAAAUUUCCAUCUACCAUUUGGAUGGCGGGACAUAUGUGGUGAAGGAUGACGCAGACUCAGUUCUCUUCUUUGCAAGUUCACCAGUAAAUUCGGGCUGCUGUUGUGGAAGAGAGUAUAUCACAGGGUCCACGUUUAGGGUCUUUAGCCCUGAUGGUCGUUCGCUGAUGUGGAUAAUGGAAGAAAAAAGGAAAUGCUGUGGAAUUCAGUCUUCACAUAAAUGGAGAGUUAUGCUGCCACCGAGAGGCUGUCUUGGAGAAGUAAUACCGAUUGAUGAUCACCGAAAUUUUCGGAUAAAGUUUUCAGAUGGUGUGGAACUCUGCCGUAUCGAAAACACUUACAGGAAUAUCUACAGGGUCUUUAUACCCCCAAAGAACGUUGGAAGCAUUUUCUACAACAGAAAUUCUUGCCAACUCACACUCGGAUUUCCCAGCCAGUUCAACGUUGAGGAGAGGUCUCUCCUCCUCUCGAGCGCAAUCAUUUUGUUAUGGCACAUCGAUGAAGCUCAAAGAAUGUUCAGGAACAGAAGAGGAAGAAGAGGAGGAGGAGGAGGAGGAGGAGGAGGAGGAGGAGGAGAAUGGGUAUCAACAGGUGGUUUUUGGGGAGUAGGAGGAGGAUAUGUUGGAGGAGGAGGAUGGGAUGGAGGAGGAGGAGGAUAUGUUUCUAAUAGACACAGUCAGGCAGCCAUGGAACUAACACCUGUUGAGCAGGACGAUGGAAGCCUCAACUACAAUCGGAAACGUUUGCCUUCAAAGAACAAAAAUCAACCACGUGGGCUUAAGAAGUUAGAUGUCACUGACGACAUUUCCAUCUACCAUUUGGAUGGUUAG